UCCAGCGUGGAAUAUCAUUGGCACACACACCAUUCUUUGUGCAUCAUUUAGCACAUCAGUGGGGCCCUGCAUGAGCGUCUGGGCUCCCAGCUUACACCGGAUGGAGGUUUACAGUCCAUUUGGAAGGCCACAUGUUCCUUAACCCAGACUUUUUACUUUAGGGGAUGUGCAAAUGUCCGCUAGCAUCCUUGAGGGCCAGUCUGCACCUCGCAGCAUCAGUGCAUGAGCCUGCAGUUGGGUACCACUAGGUUAGACCACAGAGCCUAGGGCUUGCUGAUCAGAAGGUCAGCGGUUUGAAUCCCUGCGACGGGGAGCUCGGUCCCAGCUCCUGCCAACCUAGCAGUUCGAAAGCACAUCAAAGUGCAAGUAGAUAAAUAGGUACCGCUAGAGCAGGAAGGUAAACGGCGUUUCCGUGUGCUGCUCUGGUUCGCCAGAAGCGGCUUUGUCAUGGUGGCCACAUGACCUGGAAGCUGUAUGCCGGCUCCCUCGGCCAAUAACGCGAGAUGAGCGCCGCAACCCCAGAGUCGGUCACGACUGGACGCUAAUGGUCAGGGGUCCUUUAUGUACACACACACAAUUUUUCUCUUGACAACAUGAACACUGCCGUUUUCCUAUUUCUUUUUUUAAAAGGGUGGAGUUAUAGCCCUCUCCCACAGAUAAGGCCUCCUGCAGACACCCAGGCUAUCCUGGUACAUGAGGUUUCUGCUGAAAGCAAUCCUAUGCGACGACGUGGGGGGGGGGAAGUUUUGCAUUGCUGGGAGAAAUGCCCUGAUUGUCAUAAUCAUGUGAAGGCCCCCCCUUUAACUCCCUGACAGAGGGAAGGGGGAUUGCUCCUCCGGCUCUGUUACACCCCGAGAGGACUCCGCUGGUGGGGGUGGCGGGGGGGGGGGAGUGUAUCUGGUAGCACCAGCCGGAGAACAGUAGCCCAUUCAGCACACUGUGUUUAGUUCUCUGCAGGCGGCUGAUGUCACGGCCUUCCCCCCCCCUUUUCCUCCACCGCCUUCCUAAUUAGUGAGAACAGGACUGUGUGUGUGUAAAAGAGAGUGAGUUUGGGCUGACUCACAUGCUGCAGCCGGGGGAGGUGAGGGGAGCAGGGCUGGCUUGUUUCUUCCCCGUCCCCUCUUUUUCUCUCGCGCCCCCUUCCACCCUCUUCAAACUCACAGGAACUGGGAGAUGGGAUGUCGUCCACCCACUCCACUGCUGGUGGAAAACAAUCGGGGGGGGGGGCUGGAUGGGGUGCAAAACCAGGAGUCAAGGGGGGGCAUAUAGGGGGCUGGGGAGGGGAGCUUAAGUUGUACCUGGAAAUGGCUUCUUCCCCACCCCCCUCCACCAGCCCCAACAGGUGCUGCUGAGAUUGAUGCUUUGCAAUGCACUCCUUUUGUGAAGAAGAGGGAGCAACUUGCUCCAAACUUUCUCCUCCUCCCCCCCACCAAAUGUGGCUGGUAUUGGGGAGAAGGGACCCCACUGCUUUUCGAACCAAGAGUCCCGCGUGGGCACCUGCUGUAUGCAGGGCUGCUUUUGAGCCGGGCAUCGGGAUGGGACGGGGGGGUUUGUUGUGCCUCCCUGUGCCAUCAGUGCAUGGUUGUGGGGUGCCUGUGGCUGCCUCUCCUUGGGGUGCUGCCCAGUUCACGCUGUGCCUUCUCUCCCUUCCUCCCCGUUUAUUUUUAGCCUCUUGUCUCCCUUGCUGUUGCCUGUUGCUUGGAGACUGGUACUUUGUGGGGGGGGGGAGUGGGGUGGUUUCUGUUUGUAAAAGGCCCUUGUGGUGCCAGGGAGCAAGGCAGCGAGGAAGAUGCUCAGCUGAAAUGGUGGGUGGGGGGGGGGGGAGAACAACUCUGCUUCCCCAUCCCCGCUUGGACUGCACUUUAGCACUGCCCUUUUGGCUGUUGGGGAAUUCAUGGGUGCUGGGGCUGUUGGGACACACAUGCAACACGGAAUAGCUUUGGAGCGUCCCCCUCCAAGGCAUGCAUUUAUGGGACCCACCUCUAAGCCCUCCCACCCCCCCCCACUCUCCUCUCUAGAUGACAUCACCACCCUAAUGGCUUGGUCUGUGCGCCGAGAUGCCCUUGAGCCGGCGCCCGCCCGCGUCCCCAGCCUCCAUUACAGGGCCCUGAAUUAUUGAUGGGCUCAGAGCGCCUGGGGUUUGGGAAAUGGGAAACCACAGUGCCCCCCUCCUUCCCCCCCCGGCAACGCUCAGACACCCCCCUCCCCCAAGGCAUUGGGCAUAGGCUCAGCAAUUUCAAGCCAAGGAGAUCAUGAUGGGUUUGGCGGGGUGGUGGGGGAGGAGAGAAAAGCAAAGAAGGUUGUGGGGGGGUGGUCUCCCUACAACCACCCAUAUACUAGUUGCUGCGUGAGGAAGUUCCAACUGCUUUCUCUGUAUGGAUUCGGUGUGCCAGGCAUGCCCUACUGACCCGUACACAAGAGAGUGGCAUUUCCCUUGGAGCAGAGGCUGGUGGACCCAGGACUUAGAAGAUCCGGAUUCAAAUCCCCCCCCCCCAGUUUGUUCGCUGUAACUGCCUGAGCUACCUCGUAGGGCUGUUGAGAGGGUUUACAAACAACCCUGUGAGCCUUGGUGACGAAAGGAAAGAUGGGAUGUAAAUAAGUUUAAAACCAAAUGGUGGGUUCGCGUGGCACUGGGUUUGUGAGACGCGCAGAGGUCGGAGCGUGUCAAACUGGAAGGGCCCCCAGGAUCCUUUAGGGAGAGCUCCCCCCUCCAAAAAAAGUCUCUUAACUUGUGGGUGAUGGGUGUUCAUCAGGCCUAGUGGGAGGCCCCAUUCCCCGCAGGGCAAGCAUGGAAACAGCCCUAUUGUUUUCCCUUCCGACUUCCUGUUUAUGAGAGGGCAGCUAAAACUUGGUGAGGUGGGUGGGAACAGGCAUGUUAUUUCCCCCCCCCCAUCCCAGGAUGGGUCGGAAACAAGUCUGUGUGGUGUUCGGGGACCCCCACCUGCGCCCUACCCUCCCCAAGAAAGUUUUGCCCCUUGGUGCUGCCAACACAGGCCUACGUACGAGGUAGUCUUAGGCCCUGGGUGUGCUUCUGACGUCCUCUUGUGUUUUCCAGCCCCCACCCCCCCCACCACCACUGCAGCAGCCCCACAGCCACCCCCCUCCCCAGGAAUGCUCUGGGGCUGGGCUAGGCUGCUGCCUCGUGGCUGGAAAAAAGGGCCCCUUGUCUGGGAGCUGCUGACCUCAGCCACUAACCAUCCCCCCCCCCUUGCCCUGUGAGAACAUGGCACAAAGAGCCUUCCUUCCCCCCUUUCUCCUCCCCCCUUUUAAACAUGUUGAUGCUUCCCUCGCUGUGUGUGCCAUAAUGGGGCUGAUUCUUCCCAGAGUUGCUGAGCUGCACCCCUUAGGUCUCCUUCCCCGUCCCUCUCUCUCCCUUUGCUCAGUGUGUGUUUUGCUCUUGGGGUGGAGAUUGUUGUACAGGUAUGGGUCCCCCGGGGCAGGACUUUGUAAGUUUGCUGAUGGAGGCCGCCAGCUCUGGCUUCUCCCCCCCCUUUCCUACCUCCUCCCCCCCAGGUAGAGGGAGGCUUAACAUCAAGAGGCAAGCCUGGGCUGUUCCUCCCUCCCACCCACGCUUGGAGGAGGAUCUGGUUGGGACCCAGCCUGGAAGUCGCAAGGCGGCUUGGCCCGCCUCCCAGCCUCCUGGCUGCACAAGAGGAGAGGCGGCGGCAGCAGCCGUCGGUUUCCUGUUUUUCCCCUCCCUGUGUGUGCGCUGGGGGGGUGGCAGGGAGGGGAGAGAAAUCCAUGCGCCUCGUAGUUUCAUACUGUGUGGGCCGGCAGAGUCCUGAACUUCCAGCCCUCCCUUGGCUGUAACCACUGUGCCCUACUGCCAGCACUUACCGAUGGGAUGCGGGAAGCGGAUCAGAGGUUCGCCUUCCCAGACUGGGCCUACAAGCCAGAGUCGAGCCCUGGCUCACGCCAAAUCCAGCUGUGGCAUUUCAUCCUGGAGCUUCUGCGCAAAGAGGAAUAUCAUGAUGUCAUCGCCUGGCAGGGGGACUACGGCGAGUUUGUCAUCAAGGACCCGGACGAGGUAGCCCGCCUCUGGGGGGUGCGGAAGUGCAAGCCCCAGAUGAACUAUGACAAGCUGAGCCGGGCCCUGAGGUACUACUACAACAAACGGAUCCUACACAAGACCAAGGGCAAACGUUUCACCUACAAGUUCAACUUCAACAAGUUGGUGCUGGUCAACUAUCCGUUCAUUGACAUGGGCAUGGCAGGCGGGGCUGUGCCCCAGAGCGCCCCUCCCGUGCCGUCCGGUGGCUCCCACUUCCGCUUCCCCCCCUCGACGCCAUCCGACGUGUUGUCUCCCGCUGAAGACCUGCGCUCGCCGGGCGUCUUUUCGGCCGUGGCACGCCGCCUGGCGCGGGGCUCAGUCAGCGACUGCAGCGACGGCACCUCUGCCAACUCGGAGGUGGAGGAGUCCCUGGCUGAGGAGCAGCGUCGCAGCGGUGAGCCCGGUAGCUUCCGUGGGCCCCCAGUGCCCGGCCACGCCCGCUUGACCCACGACGGCCUCUUCCGGGUCUACCCCCGCCCGCGGGUUCCUGAGCCCCUCAGCCCUUUCCCCGUGUCUCCCAUGGCUGGGCCAGCGGGCCUCCUGCCCCCUCAGCUGUCCCCGGCCCUUCCCCUCACGCCCACGCACAUGAACUACACCCCUUCGCCCACCCUCAGCCCCAUGUACCCUGGGGGCUCCCACUUCUCCUUCAACCCAGAGGACAUGAAGCGCUACCUCCAGGCCCACACUCAGAGCGUGUACAACUACCACCUCAGCCCCAGGGCUUUCCUCCACUACCCAAACAUCGUCAUCCCACAGCCCCAGCGCCUCGAGAAGCCUCCCCUGCCGCCUCCACCCCCACCACAGGCCGAGGAGCCGCCUUCCCCUUUCAAGUUCAAGCUGCAGCCGCCGCCGUUGGGGCGCCGCAACCGCGACAAGCAACAGCACCCCGGUCUGCCCCCGGGAGAAUCCAGCAGCACCAUCCCCUCCUCCUCUUCCUCCUCUGCCUCUACAUCCGGGGCGGAGGCGCCUCUGCUGCCCCAGAUCAAGGUGGAGCCCAUCUCGGAGGGAGAGUCGGAGGAGGACAUGACCGUCGAGGUGACAGACAUCAGCGAAGACGACGAGGAUGUCUUCAAGGCUCCUCCCGUGCCUCUGGAAAAGCUGGAAGAGGAGGAGGAGACCCCGGCAGCCAUGGCGGCUGCGCCCCCCGCCUCCCACGCCGGGGAGAGCAGCGGCAAAUGCAUCCCUCUGAAGCUGCGCUUCAAACGCCGCUGGAGCGAGGACCAGCGGCUGGAAGCGGGCGCGGGGGCCGAAGAAACGGAUGAUAAGAAGGUGAAGGGGGAAGACGACGCCAGCAGCCACGGGGACGGGGUGGGCGGCCGGCGGAUCAGCACUGAGCUGCAGCGGGCCACGGCCCAGCUGACCCUGGAGAACCGGGAUUCCUAGAGCUGGGAUGCGCAGCCCCCCCUCCCCCGGCUUCCUUCCCAGGACAGACGGACAAAAUGGGCAGGAGGGGGAAGAGGGGGGGCUGGUUUUGCUGCCUUAACUCAGAGAUUAUCUUUUUACCUUUUGUCAGUUUCCCUUCUCUCCACCCCCGCCCCCUGUUUAUUCCGGAAACUCUGUAAAUUUUAUUAUUAUUUCUUAUCUGGAAGUCAGAAAAAAAGAGAAAAAAAGGAGGAAAGAAAAAGAAUUAGGGGGCGAGGUGAAAAAAAUUUUGAACAGUUUUUACGUGUCUAUAUACAUAUAUAAAUAUAUAUAUAUAAACUCUUUGCGGGGAGGGGGGAUUUCUAAAAAAAUAAUAUGCUGGGAUGACUUUUAAGGGUUCUCUUUAUUCCUGUUCAACCCCCUUUCCCUUAAAAUCCUUUAAGGUUAUAUAGUCCAGGGCCUUUUUUAAAAAAGAAAACUCCGCAGGAAUGAGUAGGGUUUUUUUAUUUUUUAAAAGAGCGAAAGUUCAUAAUUUUGUUUUUGCCUUCACGGGGUUUUUAAGGGGUGGUCUUAUUAAAAGAACCCACCUCCCCGAUAUCUUCCUUCUCUACCCCACCCCCCUUGCGAUUGGCAAGUUUUAAGCACAAUACACUUUUUAAUCCUCCAGGGGAUUGAGAAGAGAAUUAGCCAUAUUUUUCACGCGUCUCACUCCAUUUUAAUAGCGCCCGAGAAGUGGGGUGCGGGGUAAUUAAUAUCCCCUUCUAACUCAUAUUAUGUAGAAGUGAUGUACCUUUUAAAAAAUAAAAUGCACCCCCCCUCAACCAUGCUCUUCCCCUGCCCCACCAAAAAAAAACCCACAAGCCAACCUCAUUUGCCUGAGGGUUCUAGGGCAGAGUGUGUUGGACUGCUCUUGAGUCUCACUCCACAGCAUCAUCUCCAUCUCUUCCUCCAGCCCAUCUCUCCUCUCCUAUGAAUAAAUAGUAAGUUGGUAUAAUUGUGAAACCUUGGGAUCCAGAAUAAUAACAGAAGAAGAGGGAUCCCCCCCCAGUCCUCCAAAGAAACUCCUUCAUAAUCCAUUGCUUUAUGUAACCAAAAACGAAAUAGUGGGCUUGGUCACAGUGUGCCCGCCUCUGCCUGUCCCACUGUGGGCUUGGGUGGGUGGGAUUUCAAAGGGGAUUUUAAGUGCCUGUUGCAAGUGCUUUUUCCAAGAGAUUUCUCUUUUUUCUCCCAACCCUACUUUUCCAAUACUCUUGUACCACAAAACCCCGCCUCCUUCUCCUCUCGACACGCCUCCUCCCCCACCCCCAAAUUAAGGCACUGUUUUGCCACCUCGCUGAAUAAAUCCCUCCUCAAGAGGGAGGGCUGGAACCGCCCCACCUCCCCCUUUCUCUCAAAGAGGGUGAUUUGGAGCCAGGGGGUAACUGCAGGAUGACAGUGCCUUGCAAAAAACAAAGCAGGGAUCCCCCCAAAACAAACAAACAAACACUUGUGUACCUCCUAAUUGCUCCCCAAACCCAGGCAGGCAUACCCGCCUUUGUUUUCAGCUACCCCACAUUAAAGCAGGAAAGAGACUUUUUCCAGUUCCCAGCAGGAGAGAGAAAUGUUGUCUGUUGUUGUUUUUCUGCAUCCAGACGAAAAAACAAAACCACCGCUCAAAACUGGUUUCAGAAGGGUGCUGUUAGCCCGGAAGGCCAGGUCUUCAAUCAUAACCUGCUGUUUGUAGGGUGGACAUAACGAGGCAUCAUGCUAAAGGUUUUUUUUAUAUAUACAGCCUUAUUCAAUUUCUUGUACAUACCGAGGAAAUGGGGGUGUCUCAUUUUAAGAAUGUAAAAACAAAACAAAAAACACCAAUAAAAGGGUUUUGAGAUUUCAUAA